UCUUCCAAUAUGGCGCUGCCCUGUUCAUCUGUCAUCUCGAGUUAGUUGACAGAUGACAAUGAUUGUGUGCGUUAAACUAACUGAAUGCAUUGGCAUUUAAUCAUGCUUUCUAUACAACAUCAAUCAACAUGACGGAAGUCCGUCCCUUUAGCGGGUAACUGUGAUGACCGGAUAAGUGGAUCACUUCGAGAAUGGACUACUACGAACUGGAGGCAGCCGAGGAGGAGUUGUACUACCUGGACGAACCGGAAUACACCUUGGCCGACCUGUACGCCAACUGCCUGCGGCCCGCGCUGAAGGAUGGCAUCCGUGCUGCAGCAGUGCUGCUUCCUUCCUGUCUACUUUACAGGCUACUUGCAAGCUCUAAAAUCAUGCCCAAAAAGGCCGUGCACAUUGUCUCUGCCCUAGCGGGGCUCUGUUGCCUCUACGACUUCUUUGGUGUCCUUCUCGGCUACGUUGCAGGCUUCGUUGCGUUCGGAACAGCUGUCCUCAUCUUGGCAGACGUCCUCCUGUCUAGGUGCAGAGGGAUUGUGUGCUCUCUCGCCAUUGUCUCGUUCUUGGUAGUAUGUGAAAUGUUCCUAGUCGACGCCGCAUCAUGGCAGAAAGUGAGAGGGUCACAGAUGAUAAUCGCCAUGAAGGUGAUAUCAGUAGCCCUGGACGUCGACCGCGGCCUGUAUUCUCUUCCGUCCAUCUCCGGCACGCUCGGUUAUCUGCUCCAUGUGGGGACCUGCGUUUUUGGGCCGUGGAUCAGCUUCCUGGACUACCUGGGGAGUGUAGAGGCAGUGGAACUGGAUGUGAUAUGGGGACUGUCGGCCAUUCGGAGCUUCCUGCUGUCAUACAUGAGCCUCACUGUGUCCACCUGCUGGGCAGGAUGGUUUCUUCCCGUAGCUGAUCUAAAGUGGCCCGCUGCCUACAGGGACGCACUAGCCUUUCGCUUUAGUCACUAUUUCAUCAGCUUCCUCUCAGAAACUUCGGCAGUUGUAGCGGGCGUCAGCCGCGAUGGGUCUUGGGAUCUUUCCAUAUCCUCCCCCAAAGACGUGGAAGUCCCGAGGUCACUGGUAUGCGUCGUCAUCCACUGGAAUCGAUCCAUGCACACUUGGCUGAAGCACUACGUGUUUCGGCCGGUGCAUCCGUGUGGGACGUUUGCUGCCAUCCUUGUGACGUACGCAGCAAGCUCACUUCUACAUGGUCUCAACUUUCAGCUGGCGGCCGUGCUGCUUUCAUUAGGCUUUUAUACCUACACAGAGCAUGUUCUUCGACACAAGCUGGCCACAGUGUUCGAAGCGUGCGUGGCAGCCAAGAAGUGCAAGCCUAAUUGUGGCCACAAGUACAAGAGCGACCAGCCCAUGGUGUUUGCCGUCAACCUGCUCUUUGGUCUCUUGACUGUCUUCCAUUUGGCCUACCUGGGGGUCAUGUUUGAUGCACCGACGGAUCUUCAGGAGCAAGGCUACAGCAUGUGGCACACCCUGUCCAAGUGGUCGGAGCUGCACUUUGCCAGUCACUGGGUGGCCGCCUGCACGUUCCUCUUCUACCUCGUCACGUAGAUAACGAAGCCCAGAAGAGAUCACGCAAGCAGAAAAGGGUCAGACGUGGGUGACAUUCGUCGUCUGCUGCUGCUGCUGCAUCUUGUUGUCACCCCUGCGGAUGCAGAAACGUUGAAGGCGAGAGAGUGAGAGGAAAAAGAAUGCUCACACUUGGAAUGCUUCACCCUCAACGAUCGUGUCCGGCAGCUGGACUCCCGUAGUCUCUGGAAGGAGUAGCACAGAGAGGCCACUCAAGAUGCAGAUGGCGCUGUACACGGCAAACGGGACUCGUUUGUCCGUCGCUCCGCCCUGCAACGAAGAACUGCAUGGUUGUGGUGAAUCUAGUACAGUAGAGACUCAACUGCCACCUAUGGUGAUCAACGGUGCCAAAGGUCAACACAUGCGCAGCCCAGUGCCGUACCCACUAUAUACCAAAUUAGGUAAUGGAAUAUGCUACCUUCUACCCCACUCAAUAAUAGCGCGACACAAGCCGCACUAUAGUCGUGUUGAACUUAAAAAGGAAAAUAAAUAUAGUCUGUCAACUAAAUACACCAGGGGGAGAUAAGGAUAAGCAAUAGCGCACCAGGAGAAAUAAUGGAGAAGAAAUGGUGUAGCGUCGCCAUGCGCCGUCACUAGGAGAAAGCACUUUCUGCUGCAGCGUAGUUUCCUGUGCCAGUCUUAAAGCAGCCCAGAAAGCCAUUCAAAAGAUUUUCUGUUUCUAGUGGAUUACGAAAGGAUGUAACUUGGCGUGACAACUAACACAAAAAAAUUAUCUGUACGCAAGAGAGACCGCGCUCCAAUCGGGGCCGUCGCUUUUCGCGCAUUUUGUUCUUUUUCGUUUCUACUCCCAGUUCUCUGUGUAGCAGAUGACGCUUCUCCAAGCAAGCAAACCAGUUAGCGGAUAAAAUGGUUAAAAAGCAAGCGAGCUGGUGGCUAAGAUCCAUGACGAAAACCCGAGACUGGGAAAAAGACGAAAACAGACGACACAACACAAAGUCUCAAACCAGAUAACACGGGGGACAAACGGAACAAAGCUUGCAUCGGGGAAUGAUACAGCGGGUUGCACCACGAUGACGUCAAAACGACUCUGGCGACUAGUUGCGGGCACUGUCACCGUUGCGCGCGGUCGCGAUUUUCAAAAUCAAAUUCCGCGAUAUGUAUGCAUCUGUCGAGUGAAUCUCUUCACUUUGUGCAUUUUAGCAUUCAGGUUAACGGCUUGGUUUGAAAAAAAUUGUCCCGACUGAAGCGCUUUCUGUGCUCCUCUAACAGCCAAUACGUAAGCAGAGUGAGUAUGGUGGAUUACAUUAUGUGGUGCAAGGAGGGAGGGCAAUCUCACAGCGUCCAGCCAUCCUAUACGCGGCACAGUAAUAUUUGAAGAGCUGGCGGACUACGUUUCUUUUCCUUCUUAAGUUGGACACAACUAUACAUAACAAGAUGCUGCCAAUGCUACUGCUAAAAAAAAGUGGCACAAUUUUCGUUAUUCUACCUGCCACCAUCACCCUCCAAAUUGCCAGCAUACUUUACGUAUUAUCGUAGGUUGCUGCUGAUCUGCAUGAUUUUCUACCUUUGUGCAGUCCAUUCUUCCAUUCACAAGCAGCUCAACAGACCCAUAUUAAACUGUUGAGGGACAAGCUGUUGUCAGGUACUGCCAAGCAGUUUGAGCAGGAGCCAUUUGAUAGUUAAAACUGAAGGCUUUUGUGGAAUCUACUUUCGUUUGAAACAUAUUCUCAUGCCCAAGGCUUCCCUCUCUGUAUACUGCCUCAAGUGCUGGAUUUUUCUCGUUUUUGUUGUCUUGUGCGUCUUUUCUUUUUUUGUUCCCAAGAUGGUUUAUUUCCUGUGUAGAGCACUGCAGGGCCACAUUCUUCCUUUGAUUUACCCGCCCUGGACCUGGCCAGGCCCGGUCCAAGAUAUUUAUAGAUGGCCCGGUGCAGGGCAUCAGGCUCUACAAGUUACGACGGCUAUCUAACAGUGGGCUAACACCGGUUGGCCUGGACCGAGCCCAUAAUGGCGAAGCCUGGUCUGGCCCACUGCCGGGCUUGGGCUUCCAGGUAAGCCUGUGCAGUGCUCUACUCCUGUGUUUAUGUUAGAACCUAAAAAAUUGUCUCUAUUUUGUUAACUCGAUUUGGGGUUCGGCUGAAGUGUCAUGAUUUCGACAACCCUAGUAUUCUGCAUAUACAGAAUGUGCAGAAAUGUUUUCUACCAUCCAAAUACUCACAAGAACAAUAGCAAAAGAAGCAGUGGGGAUAUUAUUUCAAAGAGGUAGCAAUGGCAAAGAAUGGGAUCAUGCUACCCAAAUGUGUAACGGAAAUACUUUAAAUUGGGAGAACCAAGAGUGAAAAAAAAAUAUAAAAAGCAAGCACAGUAGCAACACUACUCAGGGUGCAGCUACACGCAACACUGAACAACACUGAGUGCCAAAGACAAAAACUGUUUUUUUAUACAAUUGUACCAUCUUCCCAUUAUGAAGCCAGUGUUUUCUUUUGGUGCAUUCUUUUUCUUCUCAUAUUGGUUGUAGCGUAUCUGUUACACUCUGCUUGUACAGAAGAAGUGCGCCUCAGAGUGGAAUAAAUGUGGUAUGAGAUGUAAAUGAUUCAUUCUGACGU